UACCGGGAGCCGCAGAAGAAGAAGGGAAAAAUGGCCACGGCUAAUGUUAGGUAGCUUAUGACUGUCGAAAAAUGUUUCGUUCCUGAUAUUUUUGGGCGCUGUAGUUUUGUACCGAGGCUCCGUGACAACGUAAAACGCCUCCGCCGACAUCGUAAAGGCUGUGGCGGGAAGCCGAGCCCCGCUGCGCGCUGUUCGUAGCGGUCUAGUGGCUCCGUGUCUGCAGCGGUGUCAGCUGCCGUCACUUAAACGUCAGUGAGGAUUGAUUGGGGGGAAGCGCAGCCAUGGCAGCUCCGGUAAACAUCCAGGCUCCCAGUAAGACCUGGGAGCUGAGUCUGUACGAGCUGCACAGGAGCCCUCAGGAGGCCAUCGUGGACGGGACGGAGGUAGCCGUGUCUCCUCGCUCUCUGCACAGCGAGCUCAUGUGUCCCAUCUGUCUGGACAUGCUGAAGAACACCAUGACCACCAAAGAGUGUCUGCACCGCUUCUGCUCAGACUGCAUCGUCACCGCGCUGCGAUCUGGGAACAAGGAGUGUCCGACCUGCAGGAAGAAGCUGGUUUCUAGACGUUCGCUGCGCAGAGACUCAAACUUCGACGCGCUGAUCUCGAAGAUCUACCCGAGUCGCGACGAGUACGAAGCCCACCAACGCCGCGUCCUCGAGCGACUCAACCGGCUGCACAACAAGGAGGCGCUGAGCUCCAGCAUCGAGGAGGGGCUCCGGCAGCAGGCCCGCUACAGGUCCGAGAGGAAUCACCGGGUGAAGAAGCCCACUCAGGAGAGCGAUAACACCACCUACAGUGGUGGGGAGGACAAUGGGGACUCCCGUUCACACCUCUCCCAUGACUCCGCCCCCUCACACACGCCACACCCCUGUGGUCAGACCCCUCCGGAGGCCGGGCCGAGCCGCAAGCGGCCACGUCCGUCCGAUGACGGCUCGGGACCCGAGGUGGACAGCGGGAGCCCGACUCCCCCGCUGAGACGCCACAAAGAGGGGCUGUCCUCCGAGAUCGAGCUGGUGUUCAGACCACACCCACAGCUGGUCCACGCCCAGGACUACAACCAGACCAGAUAUGUGAAGACAACAGCGAACGCAACGGUGGACCAUCUGUCCAAGUACCUCGCACUGCGCAUCGCUCUGGAGGACCGACGGCCCGAGAACGAACCCGAGGACCGAGGGCGAGAGGAAGCAGGAGGAGAAGAGGCGCGAGCCGAGGGGGGGGGAGGUGAAAACGGAGGGAUGGCAGGAAGCGGCGAGGGGACGAGUCUGAGCAACGUCAGCGAGAAGCAGUACACCAUCUACAUCAUGACGAGGGGAGGCCAGUUCUCUACCCUAAACGGCUCGCUGACUCUGGAGUUGGUGAACGAGAAGUACUGGAAGGUCAGGAAGCCUCUGGAGCUGUACUACGCCCCCACCAAAGAGCAGCAGCAGCCCCAGCAGCAGCAGCCUCCUACCCCACAGAGGGAGGCCUGAGGGGCAGCGGUGGACUGCUUUCCUCUCCAGCGUGGCUCUUUGAUUUCUCUUGUUUUUUAUGAUAAGUUAGCUCAGCUGCCACAGUUUCACAGAAAACCUGCGUCAUGUUUUUCUUAUUUACUGUUAUUAAUGGAGAUCUCUUCAUCUCCUCGCUGAACUGGCUGUAACAUGUGAGCCGAUUUCUCAGCAGACAAACUGAUGAGAGUCUACAGAGUGAAACUAAAGCAGCAGCUGCUGGAGUCCAGCUGUUUUUGAUGCUUUCGAGUCAGCCGUGUGUGCUGGACGAAGCCAGAUGUUCUCCAUGCUUUGCUAACAUGCAGACGCGACAGUGAGCAGCUGCAGCAGCUUCCUCAUAUCUACGUGUCUGAGGUGCCAAAAUAAAAGCACCAAUUCAAAAUGUGACUAUUAAAAAAAUGCAUUUUAUUUUCUUUUUGCAGAAAUGACCAAAACAGAACUUUGGAAACUGUACGAAACAUGAUAAAGUAGUUUAAGAGAGCGGUCUUUAUGGACGCACAUUUUCAGCGGGAAAAAUAAGUCUUAAAUAUUUUUGGAGUCAAUUUUGUGAAAGUGUUUCCAGAUGGAAAUGUUCAGGGUUCAUCUGUCAGAAGCUUCUUUUUUUAAUAGACCAACUUUGGGAUCAAACGUGUUUUUCUCAGUGUCCUCCAGCCCACUCCCACUCUGCUUUUGAGACCAGGUGAAAGUAUACAGCUCAUCUUCUCAUGCACCUCUGGCUGUUUUUUUUAAUUUAUUCUAUUUUUCAGAUUUGUCGGUGGAAGCCGGUCGUGGCGAGCCGUGGUCGUGUCAGAAAAAGGUCGCUGGGCUGGAUAGCUUUAUUUUCACGGCACUGCCCCUCGACACGUCACAGUGAGCUGCUGCUCGAGGGUGGAUUUACCAAAUUAAAUCAAAUGAUAAUUAAACAUUUGACCGACAGUC